GUAUAAGUUUAUCUAUUCAUGGGGCUGAAAAGCGUGCGCAAAUCUGUCAGAGGAGAAUUGCAGCAAGCUACCCAGUGUCACAGCGUCCGCCUGUGGUUGGGCAUCCUUCACUUUUACAAGUCAAAAAGUCAAUAAAAAUGGAAGCCUCGUCUUCUGGAUCUAGUAUUUCGGCAGUCGCUGGUGGAAAAGCAAAAACCCAUCAUCCAGAAGGAAGAGAGGAUUUGCAGGUUAACCGGCUGGAAACGCAAAUAUGGAUAAAACCAGACAUACAGAAGACAGAUGUGGACUUUUCAGAAAUUCUUAAUGCAAUACAAGAAAUAGCUAAGGAUGUCAACAUUUUUUUUGAUGAAUUAGAAGGUGUGAACAGCCCUUCCAAAGAUGAUGACUCCCUGCUUCACCAUGGUAACUUGACCAGUACUUCUGAUGAUGCCAGCAGGUUGGAAGUUGUGGGAGAGGAGGUACCUGAUAAGAACAAAACCAAUGGACUGUAUUUUAGAGAUGGAAAAUGUCGGAUUGACUACAUCUUGGUGUAUAGAAAAUCCAACCCACAAACAGAAAAGAGGGAAGUAUUUGAGAGAAAUAUCAGAGCAGAAGGACUUCAAAUGGAAAAAGAGUCAUCUCUAACAAACAGUGACAUCAUCUUCGUGAAGUUGCAUGCCCCUUGGGAGGUCCUGGGCAAAUACGCUGAACUCAUGAAUGUAAGAAUGCCUUUCAGGAGAAAAAUCUAUUACCUGCACCGCCGAUACAAGUUCAUGAAUAGGAUCGAGAAACAAAUAAGCAGGUUUCGAGGAUGGUUACCUAGAAAGCCAAUGAAACUGGACAAGGAGACAUUACCAGAUCUGGAGGAAAACGACUGCUAUACUGCUCCAUUCAGCCAACAAAGGAUCCAUCACUUCAUCAUACACAACAAAGACACUUUCUUCAAUAAUGCUACAAGAAGUAGAAUUGUACACCAUAUCUUACAAAGAGUGAAAUACGAAGAAGGGAAAAACAAAAUUGGUCUGAAUCGAUUGCUCAGUAAUGGCUCCUAUGAAGCUGCAUUUCCUCUUCAUGAGGGAAGUUACAGAAGUAAGAAUUCAAUAAGAACACAUGGGGCAGAGAACCACAGACACCUGCUCUAUGAGUGCUGGGCUUCCUGGGGAGUGUGGUAUAAAUACCAGCCUCUGGAUCUUGUAAGACGGUACUUUGGUGAGAAAAUUGGGCUAUAUUUUGCCUGGUUAGGCUGGUACACGGGGAUGCUCUUCCCAGCUGCCUUCAUUGGAUUGUUUGUCUUUUUGUAUGGAGUCACCACUCUAAACCACUGCCAAGUCAGUAAAGAAGUCUGCCAAGCUACAGAUAUUAUAAUGUGUCCUAUAUGUGACAAAUACUGUCCCUUCAUGAGGUUGUCAGACAGCUGCGUUUAUGCCAAGGUAACACACCUUUUUGACAAUGGAGCUACUGUCUUUUUUGCUGUUUUCAUGGCGGUGUGGGCAACUGUUUUUCUGGAGUUUUGGAAAAGAAGGCGAGCAGUAAUUGCCUAUGACUGGGACUUGAUAGACUGGGAAGAAGAGGAGGAGGAAAUACGUCCGCAGUUUGAAGCCAAGUACUCCAAGAAAGAACGAAUGAACCCCAUAUCCGGGAAGCCAGAGCCUUAUCAAGCAUUUGCAGAUAAAUGCAGCAGACUCAUUGUUUCUGCAUCUGGAAUAUUUUUUAUGAUCUGUGUGGUGAUUGCUGCUGUUUUUGGCAUUGUUAUUUACCGUGUUGUGACUGUCAGCACUUUUGCUGCCUUUAAGUGGGCUUUAAUCAGGAAUAACUCUCAGGUUGCAACUACAGGGACUGCAGUGUGCAUCAACUUUUGCAUCAUCAUGCUACUGAAUGUGCUAUAUGAAAAGGUUGCUCUUUUCCUGACAAAUUUAGAGCAACCUCGUACUGAAUCCGAGUGGGAGAACAGCUUCACUUUGAAAAUGUUUCUUUUUCAGUUUGUCAAUCUGAACAGCUCUACCUUUUAUAUAGCAUUCUUCCUUGGAAG